CUCUUUCCUCUUCAGUGUUCCCAUUGAUGACACCAAACAAUGAACUGUACGCUGCCUUUUACUCGUUCCUAACCACUCUCCUCUCUCUCUCUCUCUCUCUCUCUCUGCUCCUGCGUAUCAUCUACAUCUUCAACUUCGACUAUAUAUUGUCUCUGAUUCUGAAUCUCCUCCUCAUCUGCUCCUCCGACUCCCAUUUUGGAAGAAGAACGAGCAACUGCUUUUGAUCGCACAAAUCGCAAUCUGCUGCUACGUACGUACGACAAUGGCCGAUCGAGUUCAUCCGACUAGCUCCCCGCCGCGCUCCGCCGACGCCUCUCAGCUCCCGCCCAAGCCGGACCAUCCGGGCUCAGAGAGUCCUGUUCCUCCGCCCGCAACUUACGUCAUUCAGGUCCCCAAGGAUCAGAUCUACCGCCAUCCGCCUCCUGAAAACGCCCGGCGGAUGAAAAAUUACUCUCGCCGGAAUCCCCGCCGGAGCUGCUGCUGCCGCUGCCUCUGCUGGACCCUCGGGCUCCUCGCGCUCUUCCUCGUCCUCCUCGCCGCCACCGCCGGCAUCCUCUACCUCGUCUUCCGGCCGGAGUCUCCCAAAUACUCCGUCGAGGACGUCGCCGUCCGAGGCUUCAACCUAAGCUCGGCGUCCACUGUCUCUCCGAAGUUCGACGUCACUAUCAGAGCCCGAAACCCUAACAACAAGAUCGGGAUUUAUUACGAGAAAGAAAGCUCUGUCGAGGUCUACUACUCCGACGUCCGCCUCUGUAACGGUGCGCUGCCGGCUUUUUACCAGCCGUCAAACAACUUAACGGUUUUAGUGACGAAUUUGGAGGGGUCUAACGUAAUCCUGUCAAGCGGCGUCCACUCGGCGUUAGUGAAUGACCAGGAGAAAGGGAAAGUGCCGCUUAGGGUGAGGGUGAAAGCGCCGGUGAAGUUGAAGAUUGGCGCGGUGAAGACGUGGACGAUUACCGUUAAGGUGAAGUGUGACGUGGCGGUGGAUAGCCUAACGACGUCGUCUAAGAUCUUGUCCAAAGACUGCGAUUACAGUGUGAAAUUGUGGGAUUAGCUUUAGCCUUUAGGUGGUCUGGCAGUAAAUAGAGUCCGUGCAGUUUCAUCUGUCGUAUUAUAUUAUAAUGUUGUUACCGAUUAGUAAUUAUUACUACUACUGUUACAAUUUUUUAAAUUUCCCCAGAUUUAGUUGGUCUGUGAAUAAAACUUUUUGAUUAGUAAUUUAA